UAUGAGAAGCACCAAAAGCAUCUCACCGACACACACACAUGAACAAAAUAAAAGGAGAACAAAAAGCAUGAGACUCUUUCUUUUUCUUGCUUUCAAUAAUGUUCAGACAUCAUUAUGUCUAUAGAAAAAGUACUAAAGACAACUGAAAAUGUUUUUUUUUUUUUUUUUUGCGUACUUUUAGGCAGUCGACUAUACUUGACUAAUAUUUAGGAAAUCUCAUGCAGUUAUCUCUGUGGUACAUUAUUUUGCUUCAAGUUCAGUUCCAUUAUCACUACAAGUUAGAGGCAUUUGGCAAUUGCUUCGUCUCUUAUAUAUAUAUUCACUUUCCAGCAAAAAAUGAGAAGCACCACAAGCUUUUACCGACUGGUAUUUUUUUCUUGGCUUUAGUGCUCUCAUGCUACUUGAAGCACAUGGUUUUACUGAUGAAAUUGAUAAGCAAGCGUUGUUCGAGUUCAAGUCUCAAGUUUCUGAAAACAAACGAGCUAUCUUGUCUUCAUGGAACAACUCAUUCCCUCUCUGCAGCUGGAAGGGGGUAACAUGUGGCCGUAAACACAAGAAGAGUUACUGGUUUGGACCUUGGAGGAUUGCAAUUGGGAGGAGUGAUAUCACCUUCAGUUGGUACAUGCCUCCUAAGCCUAACACCGGGAAGAAACCUACUGGUCCAGUUGUGAAGCUUACGAACCAAGAGUUAGGACAACUAGAGCGUGACAACAAGAAAACAGCCAAAUCAGCAAAGAUGGUCAACCCAAUCAUAUUGAGACCAGAUGAGGCUGGAGUUUUGAGGAAUCAAGAAGGUCAUGUGUGCAACGAGCAAGGCCAGAAACUUGAUGCUGAAGGACAGUUUAUUCAGGAAGAACUCGUCGUGGCCGAUAAGAAUGCACGUUGCGUCGACCAACGCAAUGAUGGCAUCGAUCGACGCAACCAAGAAGGCAUCGACCGACGCAACAUUGACGUCGAUCGACGCAAUGCCAGAGCAGGUGCGAAUGGUGCGGAUUUGGAUGGUAACAACCAGCAAAACUUUCAGGCUAGAUGGGACAACAAUGGAGAGUUUGUUAAGACUCUUGCGGACUUCAACAGACCAGACUUGUUCUAUGAGAACCGCUCCACAAUUAUCCCUCCUCCAUUCCCAAGGAAUGAUUUUGAGUUGAAGCCCACCUACUUUGCUCUUGUUGGACAAAGACCUUUCCAGAAUCUGCCACAUGAGAAGCCCUUAGACCAUAUUGAGCAUUUUGAGGAUAUAGUCACCAGCAUCAAGGCGAAUGUAGUCACAGAGGACUAUCUCUACUGCAAGCUUUUCCCCUACUCUCUUGCUGGGGAAGCUUCUCAUUGGCUUCUUCUAAUUGUUUAUUUUAUAAUCUCUGUAAUCGUAUCUCAAGUGAGGCAGAAAUGGAGUUAA